AUGACCGCGGCGACCCUUACCUCUCCUCUUGAUGUCUUGAAAACCCGCUUGCAAUCCGACUUUUACCAAGCGCAGCUGCGAUCGCUCCGCGCCGCUCAUCCCUUGCCGCCAUCUUCGUCGCUGUCAUCCCUUCCUCGGAGUGCUCUGAUGCACUUUAAUGAAACGUUCCAAAUCCUGCGCUCGAUCCACGUGCAUGAAGGUUGGCGUGCUCUGUUCAAGGGUCUGGGGCCCAAUCUAAUCGGAGUGGUGCCUGCUCGCGCCAUCAACUUCUACGUAUACGGGAACGGGAAACGGAUCCUGAGUGAUCACUUCAACUAUACAAACUCCCAAGAAACACCGGUCGGAAUCCAUCUGACCGCCGCGGCCGUCGCCGGGAUUGCCACGGGAACCGCCACCAACCCGAUCUGGCUUGUGAAGACGCGUCUACAGUUAGAUAAAUCCAACGCUGAACACCACAGUGGCCAGGGACGGCAAUAUAAGAACAGCUGGGACUGUAUCAAGCAGACGGUGCGCCAUGAGGGCAUCCGCGGCCUAUAUAAAGGACUUUCGGCAUCGUACCUCGGUGUGACGGAGUCGACGCUGCAAUGGGUGAUGUACGAGCAGAUGAAGAUUUUCCUCGCCCGCAGGGAGUCGGCCAAACGCGCCGAUCCCAACUACACAUACGGUACCUGGGACGACGUGGAACUAUGGGGUGGGCGGAUCUGUUCGGCGGGAUUGGCUAAGCUGAUCGCUGCGGCUGCCACCUACCCUCAUGAGGUGGUCCGGACACGAUUGCGGCAAGCGCCGACUGUGUCUAUUGGUGACGGCAAGGUGGUGAUGAAAUACACUGGUCUUGUGCAGUGCUUCAAGACCGUCUGGAAGGAGGAAGGUAUGCUUGGGUUGUAUGGCGGCUUGACACCGCACUUGUUGCGUGUCGUUCCGUCCGCCGCCAUCAUGUUCGGAAUGUACGAGGUGAUCCUCCGCCUCUUCGGAACAACCUCCUAGUCCUCCUCUCGCGCAGUUUCUAACGUACCUUUACACCACUCUUCUCCGAGGCCCUGUAUAUUAUCUCGCUUGUCUGUUAUUCUUCCGGGUUUGUUUGCCUGCUUAGAAGGAUUAAACUGCAUGUUCACGGCGUACUGUUCUUUGGUUGACUUGGCAU